GCGGGGACGACGGCUGGCGCCGGAGUUGUUCGCCCGAGCCCGGGCGGCGAGACGCUCGGAGGGAGCCCGGCCAGCUCCGGCUCGGGUCGGCUCGGCUCGGCUGGGCUGGGCGGCCCGGAGGGAGCGCGCCCGGGGUUACGCCCGCGCCCGAGAGUGGCGCGCGGCGGGGAGGGCGCCAUGGACCCCAAGGCGGGCGGCGGCGAGGAGGAUGACUGUGUGGACUCGGGCGCCGAGACCGGAGGGUCUGACUACAGCCACAUGUCCUCCACCAGCAGUGAGCUUUCUGUGGAGGAGGCACAGGACCCUUUCCUGGUUAGCAUCCACAUAAUCGCAGACCCAGGGGAGUCCCAGCCCCUGCAGGAGGCCAUCGACAAGGUCUUGGCUUGGAUCCACCCAGAUCUGCAGCUGUUCAGGGUCUCUGAAAGGAGGGCAUCCCGGCGGCGCAGGAAGCUCCCCAAGGUGGCACAGCCGGCGCUGGCGGUGGUUCUCUUCCUGCAGGAGGAGUACGGCGAGGAGCAGAUCCUGCAGCUGCACCGCACGCUGCAGCGGCCGCCCUGGCGCCACCACCACACGGAGCGCGUGCCCGGCAGGUUCCUGCCCUACCUGCCCUGCAGCCAGGACUUCUUCACGCUGGCCCCCGGGACCCCGCUGUGGGCCAUCCGGCCCGUGCACUACGGCAGGGAAAUCGUGCGCUUCACCAUCUACUGUCGCCACGACAACUACGCCGACAUCCUCAAGUUCUACGAGCUGAUCCUCAGGCGGAGCCCCAGUCAGAGGAAAACGGACUUCUGCAUCUUCCCCAUUUUCUCCAAUCUGGAUGUGGACAUCCAGUUCUCCCUGAAAAGACUGCCCAGUGACCAGACCCCAGUCCCCACCGACUCCUCCGUGCUGGAGUUCCGAGUCAAGGACAUCGGUCAGCUGGUGCCUCUCCUGCCCAACCCCUGCAGCCCCAUCAGUGAGGGGCGCUGGCAGACAGAGGACCACGACGGGAACAAGAUCCUUCUGCAGGCACAAAAGGUACACAAGAAGUUUCCCAAACCCAGCAGAGCUCACCACUCAGAGCAGAAACCUGAUUCCAUGCCUUCCCCGAGCGCCACUGCACUAAGCUGUACACCUGGCAGCAGCCAGCAGCCGCUCCUGGACAGUUCACACCCAGGGCUCAGCCAGACGGGCCUGCCUACUAGGCACCAGCAGGAAUUUGCCAGACGAGCCAGCGUCCCUCCCAGCCUCCCAUGGUCUUUUCAGAGAAGCAAGUCCUUGUUUUGUUUGCCUACAGGAGACCCCUCCCCAGCCUCCUCAGCUGUACCACAGUGGUUUUCAAACACAGGUGCCCCAGGGCACAGGGCAUCGGAGUGGAGGCACGGCCAGCUCUUCUCCAUCGAUGACUUAGAGGGGGCCCAGGAGACAGACGUGGACACGGGCCUACGGCUGUCCUCCUCAGACCUUUCUGUGGUCUCUGCGUAUUCUGCACCUAGCAGGUUCUGCGACACUGUGGAAACAUCCCUCACCUCCGAAAGAUGCAGCAGCCGCUGGUCAAAGCACAAAGGUUCCAGAGAAGGACCACUGCCCACUGGGAGUGGGGUGGCCACAGAGACCUCCUGGGCUUCCCUCCCUUUCUUCACCAAAGGGCCUCCCAGCUCCUCGGCAACAGCUGUUGCUGCUCCCCCAGCUUCCGGCGCCUCCUCACUCACAGAGUCAUCCCCAGAGCUCCCUUGUGAGGCUCCCAACGCCAAGCAGACUGGCAGAGACGACCCACCACCUCCAGCAUUGCCUGGACCCGGGGACAAUGACACGGAGGAAUUCUACAUCUGAGCACCCUCUACUCUUGUUUUUCAACAGCCCACCUUGGCACAGUCCAGUCUACCAAACUGAUUGAACCCAAGGAUGUCAGCAACACCAUUCAAGAGCAUAAAAUGCAAGAAGCUCCCAUAACACAAGAGGAGAAGGGAAGGGAAGCCCACUACAGACCACAUUCAGAUCCUCCCCUCCGCUCUCAAGCUAUGGUCAGAAAUGGCAGUCACUCUGUGGAGAAGGAGUCACAGAGACACUACUGAUAAAGCACUAGCUUCCGUUUCUGGCCAUACCCUAGCAUUUUCCUCAUCCAAGAGGGCUCCUGAUACCCACUGGUGAAUCUCAACUCUUUUGGAUUAUUAUUGUUGUGAUAGAUGCUGACAUACUACAGGUGCUCAAUAAA